GCCUUGAUUUUUUUGGUUUUUUUUUCAAGAAAAAGUCUUAGAAUGCUCUUAUAACUACAGAUGUGCAUUCAUGCAUAUUAAUGCAUAUAUGAAUGCACCUAGGUUUAUAUGCACUUUUUGAGUUCAAUUGUAAUUCAUUUGCUGAAAGUUACAUAACUAGCACAAAUACGAACGUGGAAAUGGCGCGAAAAAAAGUGAUCUUUUUCUAAUUUCGAAGGUGGAAUUUAAUUUUUAGAUUUCCAGCUGAAUAAAAACUUUACCUAUUGAUCCAGUUCUCUCAAAUUGGAUUAAUGUUAUCAAAAUAGUGCCAAUCAAAAAUAUUCUCGAAAUUCAAAGAGCUUAACGGGCGUCUUUUGAUUUCUUUGAACUUUGAAAAAUGAAAUUUUUUGAAAGUCAGUGUUUUUCUUCUGUUUGCUUGCGUUCAUUUCUCUUUUCCAGCUGUCAUUUGGCUAUGUUUUUAAUAUUCCAGUGUGCAAACUAAAGUGAUACGAUAGCUUAUACAUGAUAAUAUGUCAUGUUUUCCUUUAAAAAAAUGUUUCUACCCUACUAUGUGUUUUUCUGCCUUCAAGUCACUUACCACUCUUAGUCUGGAGGCAAUGAAUCAGCCUGGGACGGCAAAGGUUGUGGGUUCGAAUCUGACCUGGACCUUUUUUUCCAAAUAAAAGUGUCAGCCUAUUAUUUGUCUGCUUAGUUGCAACAUCUUAGUGUGGUUAUUUUUUGCUGUGUGCAAUUCUCAUUAUAGUUGUUGUUGGUGUCUUGAUUUACUCCUGCAGUUUGUUAUUCAACUAACCUUGACUUCGUAUAUUUUCUUUUUUUUUCGCUUUAAAACUUUAUUCGACAUAAAUUAUUUAGGUUAACAUUUUAUCGGCUGAGUGACCUCAUUUUGGGUAGUUUCAAAAGAAACGUAAUUUUUACGCGCCCUUAGGAUCGCACAAAAUCUUUGAAUAGAAUUUAUUGUUCAAAGAUUUCAUGACAACAAUUUUGUUUUCCGUUCUACUGGAAUUUGAACUAAGUAUUGUCGGCUCAGUUGAAUUUCCAUUAAACUCUGUCGAUUGUGUUUCUGAUGUGUUUUCCGCAAAUACAACAUCAUUGCAGACAGCAUUUUGAAGUUUUUUUUUCUAGUUUCCAAAAUUUUUUCACUUUUUUUGGAUCUAGUGGCUUUCUUUUCCUUGUCUACUGGCUUGCAAUGCUAUUUUAAUUUGGUAUCGCAAGUGGUGCGAGGCUUCGCUUCGCCUCUGUGUCAUAAAGAUGCAUCGCUUGAUAUUUGCUGGAGUUGCAGCUACCUAAGAUGAAGUUGCAUAGGUUCAGUUUUUAAGUAGUUAGAUAGAUGUAAUAGCAAUUUUCAAACUCCGCUUUGUCGCCGUGUCUGUUAAUGAUAGGAUUUUGGUUAAAACUAAUUCGUGUGGCUAUCACCUGAGACAAAAGUUGCUUAGAAUUUUAUUAGGAGCUUAGUUUUUUUCUGCGGUGUCUUGCAGUCGUAAAUUUUGAGGGAUCUCUUUAACUAUUUCUCCCUUUUUGCCAAAAAGGAGAUCUCUUACUAGGUUUAUAAAAUUUGCAUGCAAUAUGCUUAACCGUUGAGUUGGUUCUUAAUAGGGGUGGCGGGUUUUUUCGGUUAUACCUCCCUAAAUGAGAAAAAAUGAAAACGAAACUUUUUGUUAAGAAAUUGGAUAGAGCUUACUUAAAAAUGCAGGGGCUGAUAUCCUUAACGGCAAAUCAAGUAGAAAAAUGCAAAAAUGGGAAUUAAACGAUAGUUAAAAUCCCAUUUGACAUCUUUCUUUAUGGAAUUUAUGUGCAGAAAAAGGCGAAAAAAAGUCAGUUUGAGGCUAAAUGAAGUAAAAUAGCUUCGUUUUUUUACCAGUCUCACUCAUAAUAAUAAAUUGAAUUUCCUAGUAACUGUAUCCCAAUUUUGUUAUAAUUUUUUUUUCAUUGUUCAUCAUUUAGAGGGGGAGGGUGUAGCCGAAGCUGAGCUUUGCAUUACAUGUUUUUUUUUGUCAAUUUGUCAAAGUUUUCUGGCAGAUGUGGCGUAAAGAAAUGCGACUCAUUAUUUUUGUUCACUUGAUGUCUGCCUACUUAUUAAGAGCUGAAUUUGUUCAUAUAUAUUCUAGUGACACGUGAACUGAGCUUCUAAGUUCAUUGCUUUUUGUCCUCAGAGUUUAAACGCGCAUGACUUUGAGGUUAUGAACUGUUUUGUGUUCUUGCUUGUGUCGUUGCUACAAAUACUCAAAAUAUAUACCAUUGCUGCAACGCCUGUCGUUUAACCGUCGGCUUCAAAAGCAAAUAUAUUUAUAUCUUUUUGAGUUGUCCUUUCGGUGCUAGAUUCAAAUUUGUUCAUGUUGGCAUUUAUUUUGUUCACUUUGAGAAGCCUUAGUCGUACCUUCAAAAUCGUAUGAACUUUGCUGAUACGACCAUUUGCCAUUCAAUAACGUCACGAGAAUUGAAAACCAGGCUGAACGAUUUGUGAACAAAUAGUGACGCCAACGUAACGAGAACAUAAAACAGUGGGAGAAUAAUCGGGUAACUCGGGUGACAAUCUUUGAUUCACGCUCCUAGUGUCAAGGCGAACACACCUGCGCAGUGGUAAAUAGUUGCUUUUACUGAAAUUAAUCUUCUAAAGUAGCCAUUAGAAUGUGGUGUGUAUUGUAGGCAAAUACUGUAUCUUCAGUUGUUUUCGUGAUAUUUUGAAUGCUAUGCAUCACUCGUUGUCGUAUAACAACCAACAUGUGGUAUCAGAAUGGUAAUAGUGUAGUUUGUUCACGCAUUUUGUGUUCGCCGCUGAAUAAUCCCUUUUGUGGUAUUUCUUGAAUUAGCAACAUAGAAGGAAAAAGAACUAAGGCCUAGAUACCAAUUCUGUAUAUUUCCUUACGAUUUGACUGGUAAUUUUCCUGUGUGCUUAGGCGGUUUGUUCGGACUAUUGGUAGCUUUGAAUUAGACUGGUGACGUUGCUCUACAAAUAUGACCACGAGGUCGAAAUGUGAACAAAUAGACGAUAUAAGGAGCUGUGUUGUGAACAGAUUCGCGAUUGUUUGACUAAAAUAACCGACGAAUCCGCUUUUGUUCAGACACUUUUCACGCCGCUUGAUUUUGAUUGGCUGAGAAUGUUACACACCGUCUAAAUUGUUCACGCAGCAUUGUGUCAUGACGGUCUAAAGUCAGUCGUACUUUGCCUCUGCUCGGUUAGAACACGUAUUUAUACUCAAUUUUGAGGCUGAAACUACAUUUGAAGCUUAGGCAGUCACACCACCAGAUAAAACACAACACACCAAUUAUUCAGCUCGAGAAGUUAACCCUCUCAAUCAACCUUCUUUCAACCUGCAACAUCAUUCUGUUACCAUUUGUUCUUACGAACUACCAUUCUUGCGAUAUACAUUCCUGAAAAUUUCUCAGUUUUGUCCGAAUUUUCUUAUUUCAAUUUGAAAUAUCUCCAAUUCUUAAACAAUGGAGUGCACAACAGCCGUUUCGCCUGCUCAUUGCGAGUACCAAGACCAAAUGCAUGGAUUCCAUUUGCAUGACAGUAGCUCCUCGGAGUCAAAGCGGACUUUGGGAGCCAAUUGUUCCCCACUCUGUGAUGAUCAGAAACACCUUCCUCUGAAGAAGCGCAAGCUGAUUCAGCCGUACAGCGAGGAAAGUCCUACUGUAUUGGAUUUAAACAAGGAUGUCAACAACAACUGCGACAGUUGUGGCAAAUCUGUGGACGAACUUGACGUUCUGAGGGGAAUUGUGUCCAGAAAAGGGAGUUUUUCCAGCGAAUUUAUGGACAAUGAUUCCCAACACGGGCCGUUUACGCCACCGGCACCUUUCCAGGUGUUCGACAACAAUAGCAAUAAUUGGAUACCAGGUUCUGGUUCUCCGACGCCUCUUUACACCUCAAAUAUGGGUAAUAUUAGGAUUCCAGCCACAUCAGUACCGGUCACGAUUCCACCUCUGAUUCCAAUGACAAUUCAGAAAACCAACAAGGUGCAAUUUACAACAGUAUCAGGGUCGAAUCUGGAGUCGAAAGCAUCUGCUUCGGAACCAGGUUCGGCGCUUCCAACUGAAUCAUCCGUAUUUGUCCAACAGGAGAGGAAAUUGAAUUCGACAGUUCUUCAGUCGAACUCUGGUGCUCCUCAGAUUGUUUAUAUCAUCACUCCAGCUGCAUUGGGCAAACUGCAGCUUGCAGGCGCCAAGUUCACUCCUAACGUCAACAAUUUCAGGCAAAUCAGACCGGCACCUAUUGCGCCACUGUCAUUGCAGCCUAGCAGACCUUUGUCGUCGUCAUCUUCAGGUGGAGACUCUUUGAGAGCGUCUCCAUGCAGAGAUGGGGACGAGGGAGGAAAUCAUAGUGAUUGCAGUUCUGGCAGCAGCAGUGGAGCUAGUUCUUCGGUCGCUGAGAGACCUCGACCCUUCGUGUGCAAUUUCACAGGCUGUGGCAAAUCAUACAUGAAGAACAGCCAUCUCAGAGCACAUUACAGAAGUCACACAGGUGAGAAACCCUUUGCGUGCAAUCUAUGCGAGAGAGCCUUUACAAGAUCAGAUGAGCUGGCAAGACACAGGAGGUCACAUACAGGAGAGAAGAAUCAUGUUUGUCCCGUCUGCGCGCAAAGAUUCACCCGCAAAGACCAUUUGACCAAACAUAUGAACAGAAUUCAUUGAAGCGUGCGUGCUAUGGGACUGAAGUGCUGAACUAUUUAAUCGACUUAAAUAUAGCGGAUCAAAUUGCCCCGAAAGAGGGAAAAGCAGGCUGAACAAAUUGAAAAUGAAAGUCAGGAAAUGAAAUUGAGGGCAAAAGUCUACUGAAGGAAAUACAACUACAUGUGUCAUUUGUACUCUCUCGCUCUCUGAACUGAAUUUUUCAUUCUGCAGAAGAGAAUACCACUGCAUAUGAACAUUUGAACUCUGUCGCUCUGAACUGAAUUUUUCGUUCCCGAAAUUUUCAAAUGUUGCCUCCUUCCAAUUAUCAUCCACAAAUUUAAAAUAAUUUUAGUUUUGUUUAGUUUAUUUUAUGAAUCGUAGAUUAAUUUAUAAAUCCAGUAAUAUAGUUUUGAUGAAA